GUUGUUGAUUACUCACCGUACAGUCAUGCAGGCUGUACGCCCCGCCAUCUCUCGGUGAGCCACGUCCCGCGCGACAGCUGAGUCGCUUGGCGACCGUUGACUUGUUUAAUCGGUAAAAUAUUCACUUGAGUGCCCGGCAAAUAAAAUAUAAAAGGCAUAAUAAAAGUUAUUCUCGCGUCUCGAUUAAAAAUUAAAAAUAGAGUUUAAAAAUGAUCGGUAAUCAUAGAUUGUGAUACGUUCUAAUUUCAAAAACUUUUAGCGGGAAAAGUUACGUUUGAAUGACAAACGACCAUAAUAUUUUUGUGUCAAAUUUUGUGAUUGAUGUGUUUAUGUAAUUUAAGAAAUUCUCAUGUAGUAUUUUAUUUACUAUUUAUUUUUGAUUGUGAAUAACGGCACAAUAAUUAAUAUUCCAAAUAUCUAGUACAUAUAUACGUUAAAAUUCUAAAGUCUUCCACAAUACAAGAAAUUAAUAGUGUCAAAUAGAGCGAUGGAUAAAAACGGGGGCUCGAGACUUCUGCAAAUGCAGGCUCGAUUCCAACAGAAGCAGCUCCAAGAGCGGGAACUGAAGAUUGCUUCACUGUAUGAAGCGCAGCAAGCCCGCGCCCUCGACCGCGUGCGACACUCGCCCAGCAAUGGAGUCGGAGCUGGGUCACCACCACAGCCGCCGCCCGUGUCACACCAGCCUGGGAAGGUCCGUCAAAUGUUCGAAGAGCGUCGCACAAAAGCCGGCAUCGACAAGAGCUAUCCCCUGCAACCGAUACACAACACAGAACGGCCUGCCCGCAAGCCCCUACCUAACGGCUACACGAAGGUUUCCACCACCUCUAGGGUCAGCGUUGAGAAGAAGACUACAAAGCAAACGUUCAGCUCGCAUACUGUCAAAAAGCAACAGCACAAAAUAGAAAACAUAGUGAACGGCUCCGGCGAUCUCAAUCACAAUCACGAGCCGGAUCUAAACUCCGUGAAACCACCGCUGCCUCAAAGCAACGGCGAGCUGAUCAGCAGUAUAGACGAAGUGGACAGAACGGAUAACAACUACCUAUUAGAGAAUGAGACAUUCCCUGAUGCGCUCGCGCCGAUUCCCACGCCUAGAACCCCUGAACAAGAACCAGAGCCCAAGAAACCGCAGAGGAGAAGUCCAGCAGUAGCCGCCAAAGCUAGUCCAGUAAAAGCAAAGCCCCAACCACCAGCAGCGACAGCGACACGGAAAACUACCAGUGACAAUGCAGUGGCAGAAAACAAUAAGGGCCGAGGGGCCAUGCAGCGUGGCUCUAAUCCUGUACCGCGAAGGCAAGCAGUGGGGUCCCCUCAAAGCUCGACCGGCAGCAGCAAGCCGCGCGCGCCGUCCGGCCCGGCGGCUUCCGGCGCGUCGUCCGCCGGCUCGGGCGCCGCGUGCACCGUGUGCGGCCGCCGGUUCGCGCCGGACCGGCUCGCCAAGCACCAGGAGAUAUGCAAGAAGGCGCACGCCAAAAAACGGAAGCCGUUCGACGUGCUCAAACACAGGCUUGCCGGCACUGAUGCAGAGAACUAUAAGGGCACAGAAGCGGAGCCGUUCAUCAAUAAGCUGCGCAAGAGUCAAGUGAACCCGCCCACCACUAAAGUGAGCAACAAGUCGCUGAACAGCAACUGGCGGCAGAAGCACGAGGAGUUCAUACAGGCGAUACGGGCCGCGAAGCAGGUGCAGGCGCAUCUCAACGCGGGCGGUAAACUCAGUGACCUCCCCCCGCCGCCUCCAUCGGAGAAUCCAGACUACAUCCAGUGCCCGCACUGCAGCCGACGGUUCAACCAGGCCGCCGCCGAAAGGCACAUACCCAAAUGUGCGAACUACCAGUUCAACAAACCCAAACCGGCCGCCAAACGGCGGUAACCGGUUGCUGAACCGUCCGGUUACGGUCGUGUCAACCAGCCCCUGUGACCGGUUCGAUCUGUCGACCAGGUGAUUUUUGGCUGUACUAAUUGUAGAACAAAUCGUUACAAAGAAACAUCAGGAUACUCCGCGCUUUCUAACUCCUCAGUUCCUAAAAAUCAGAUCUCAACGCCUGGUAUGGAGUUCCAUAAGGAAUCUGGAUCAUCCGGCUGGCCAAUAGACAGCUGGGUACUGGAUUUGCUAACACAAAUACUCUUUACUUCGCCCUCUUUUACCUAGUUAAAACUUUCUUUGACAUAAUCAGCCCAAAUGUGCGUAAUCUCUAAUUAACCGUCUAUUAACAGAUGGCGCUGUCAAUUAAGUAAAUGAGUAAAUUAUUUUAUUUUAAAUCAUGGAAUGCAUAUACAUUGCAAAGUACACACAUAGGAAUGUUUUUACUCUUGGGGAAUUUCUACUAAGAAUUUGUUUGGCUCUGGUCGUGUACAGAUGGUCGUUAUGUUCGUACACAACUUUGGGUGUUCCCCUCAAAGUCUAGGUAGUGUAUCUACUAGCAGAAAGAACACAAGUUAGGCUCCUAUCAUCACAUAAACGAAUGUGACUAGAAAACCAUAUUGUC